GUCAUGGUAGUUACUACUACCCAGAGAUUGUCUGAGAAGAAUCAGCUUCAAGAGGAUGUUUGUAAAAAGAUUAAUGAUUAUGGUUUUAUUCCCAAAGAAAAAUGCGAAGAUGAGGUUGACUGGUUUUUUAAUAAGCUAGGAAUUGUCGAGAGAUUUUUUUACAAGCAAAAUUUUGAAAGGAUUGUAGAAUAUAUUCAUUCAAUAUAUGCUUCAAAAAUUAAAGCUCUUACCAAAUUUACGGAUGCUGAUAAAGGUAAAGGAAGUUAUAACAACUCUUUUUUGUUUAAAGUUGAGCACAUUUUUGACGGUGGAGCCAUAAUGUUAUGUAAUAGCCAGCCAGGAAUUUCAGUGGCUUCUGGCCCCCAGUUUGAAAAAAAAAUAGACGCAGAAUACUUACACAACGACGAGUUAGUUGGUGAUGUAUACCGCGUAGAAACAUAUCGCUCGAAAGGUUCGGUUGGAGAAAAUAUGGAAUCGCAGCUUCGCUGCUACUUUGUCGAAAAAUGCAUAUUUCUUAACAGCGGCGUCAGUCCUUUAAAAAGCAAAGAACUCAAUAUAAAGCUAUUAAGUUCAACUCGCCUUUUAGAAAUGGCUAAUGAGCGCCUUCUUAGUGACUACGAAGCACUACUCAAAACUGCGGUGCUCCGGAAAGGCCCAGUGUCUUCUUAUAGGUACCGCGAAAAGAGCGGUAAAGAUAUAAGUUGCAGACUAUUUAUCUGUUACAAGAGAGGUGAGGGAACGCGCAACUUUUUCUCCAGUUUGUCCGAUCUCUACCACUUUUAUGACAUGUACACCUCGAAGAAAUAUGUGGAGUAUUUUGCAAACGGGAUGGUCAUUGUUUCUCUGGAUCUGAGACAGCUGCCCCACUCUAGACAUAAGGAUCUGAGGAAAGUGAUGCCGCAGCUGGUCAAGGAGAUCAGCCUGCUGUUUUUGCUUCCUGUCUUUUCUCUCCACGAGUUGUUUUUGCGUAAAGAACUCAGUGUCAUGGAAACGACAUAUGCGUAUGCGGCCUGGCUAUUCUCCGGACACUUUCUGAACCGUUUAGGCCACGAGUACGAGUCACUGGCGAACAUGCUGGACUUAACGCGUGACGAUCAUCUGGAUAUCUUAUCGAAAUUAAAGUCGCGCUUGCGCCUGGACACAUUUUCUGAAAAAUACAUCAAAGAAAUUAUAUUGAAAUACCCUCUGCUUAUCCACGUUUUAUACCGAAAUUUCCAUUAUGAGUUUUAUCCACUUUGCAACAGCGGGGCUGCUGGGGAGGACGGAAUGGAGCGAUCAAACUCCCUCGCGUUGCUGGAGAGCAGUAAAGAUAUGAAUAUCGACGAGAUCCACUCGCUAAUAAAGAAAACGGUCGCCACGAAAAACGAGAAGAUUGUGUUUGAGUGUCUUCUCACAUUUAAUCAGCACAUACUGAAAACCAACUUCUUCAUGACUACCAAAGUGGCACUUUCUUUUAGACUUGAUCCCACUUUUUUAUCGAGCUACGAGUAUCCGCAGAAGCCCUUUGGUCUUUUUUUCAUGGUUGGGCGUGAGUUCCGUGGCUUCCACGUCCGCUUUGCGGACGUUGCGCGAGGAGGCAUUAGAGUGAUUAGGUCCCCCACCCAAGAAGUUUAUCGUAGAAACGUCAUUUCUCUUUUCGAUGAGAACUACAACUUGGCCUUAACACAGCAGUUGAAAAAUAAAGAUAUACCGGAAGGCGGUAGUAAAGGAACUAUUCUAUUGAUGCCGGAACACAAUCAUAUGCCGGAAGUGGCCUUUAAAAAAUACGUUGAUGCUAUUCUUGAUUUACUGGUGGUCGAGCAGAGCCCGGGAAUUAAAGACAAGCUUGUGGACAAGUACGGGAGGGAAGAGUUACUAUUUUUAGGGCCGGACGAGGGGACUGCUGGUUUGAUGGAUUGGGCUAGUAUUCACGCCAAAAAGAGAAACGCUUCGUUUUGGAGAGCUUUUACGACCGGUAAGUCACCAUCCCUCGGAGGGAUCCCCCAUGAUGUGUAUGGCAUGACCACUCGCUCCAUCCGCCAGUAUAUCCAGGGCAUCUACAAAAAGGAGGGCCUAUUAGAAGAAGAGGUCACUAAGUUCCAGACUGGCGGCCCCGACGGGGACUUAGGCUCGAACGAGAUUAAGCUAUCUAAAGACAAGACUAUUGCAAUUGUAGAUGGCAGCGGAGUUCUGUGCGAUCCAGACGGGCUCUGCCGCGAUGAGCUCCUCCGCCUGGCUUCUCAAAGGAAGAUGAUUUCGGAGUUUGACAAAAAAAAACUGGGGACACGUGGUUUCAGAGUUCUCAUAUCCGAAAACAGUAAAACCCUUCCCGACGGGACGAUAGUGGAAAGCGGGCUUCAGUUUAGGAACAGUUUUCACUUAAACAGGCGCGCGUCAGCCACCAUUUUUGUCCCCUGCGGUGGUCGUCCAGAGGCUAUUAACAUAUCUAACGUUAAACAAUUAUUUGAUCCGGACGGCAAGCCCAUGUUCCCUUAUAUUGUGGAAGGCGCCAAUUUGUUUAUAAGUCAGCACGCCAGGCACAAAAUUGAGAAGGCUGGGGUUAUUAUUUUCAAGGAUUCCAGUGCUAAUAAGGGCGGUGUCACAUCAUCCUCGUUGGAGGUGCUUUCAGGUUUAGCGAUGACCGAUGAGCAGUACGAUAAACACAUGUGCGUGCAGAAUGAUACUGCUCCUGAGUUUUACAAGCGCUAUGUGCGUGAAGUGCAGGAGAUCAUCGAGAGAAACGCCACGCUUGAGUUUGAAUGUAUCUGGAAAGAACACAAACGAACGGGCCUAUCACGCAUUACCAUUGCUGAUAACCUUUCACAACUGAUCAACGAGAUGUCACGACAGAUUGAACAUGAGUCUCAACUUUGGCAAAACGAAAGAUUAAGAAAACUUGUUAUUUCCGAGUAUUGUCCGCCUUCCCUGAUCGACUUAUUAGACCUCGAAGAAAUAUUUCGUAAUGUUCCUGAAAACUACUUGAAGGCAGUAUUUAGCGCUUCCUUAGCUUCCCGUUUCAUAUACUACAACGGUUUAUUGUCAUCUUCUUUUGCCUUUUUUGAAUACAUGCAAAAAUAUCUGAGUUAACUUAGCAGUGU